UCUCUACCUGCUAAAUUAAACAGUAUUGUACAAAGACUUGUUACUCUAAUCCAUUUUAUUAGCACUUAAAUUAAUCCCUCAUUGUCAAAGACCAAUCAUUUCCUUCCUUCUCUGUUCAUUCAUACCGUUUCUUGAUCUCCACUUUCUCUCACCUCAACCAUAAAAUUCAAUCAAAAAUUCUCAUCUGGGUUUCUGAAAUUUCUCCCCAAAACCCUAUAUUUCAGUGUUUUUCAGCCUCUCAAAGAGGUUUUUAUACCCGAAAUGGGGAAUUGAUUCAUCUCCAACAAAAAUACCCAUAAAAAAUUCAAGCAGUUCUCUCAUCUGGGUCUCUCUAAAUUGCUUCAAAAUCUUCAAUUCUUGCGGGUGUUUCAUAGAGCUCAAAUUGGUGAUCCAUACUGUUACAAUGGACGAUCCAAAGGACGCGUUGGUGAGUCAACUCGGCGAGACCAUAAGGGACAUUUCUGGGCUACCCGAGUGCCAAAACAGCUCGAAGAAGAUGUAUGGUAAUUUGGUUCGGAGAGUGAAGCUAUUGAGCCCUCUGUUUGAGGAAUUGAAGGACGGCGAUGAAGAGCUCGGCGACGACGAGGUUCGAGGACUCGAGUCGUUGAGGGUUGCUUUGAAUUCAGCUAACGAGCUUCUCCGAUCGGUCAAUGAAGGCAGUAAACUAUAUCAGGCUCUGCACAGGGACAAAAUUGCGGGUGAGUUCCAACAAGCGACUGAACAAAUUGAAGAAGCAUUGAGCCAGAUUCCUUAUGAUAAACUAGAUAUAUCAGACGAAGUUCGAGAACAGAUUGAACUUGUGCAUGCACAGUUUAGAAGAGCAAAAGGAAGAAUGGACUCACCCGAUCUACAACUAGAGAUGGAUUUAGCCAUAUCACAGAAGGAAAAGGACCCUGACCCUGCAAUUCUAAGAAGGCUUUCAGAAAAGCUGCAACUCAGGACCAUCAAUGAUCUGAAGAAAGAAUCACAUGCUUUCCAUGAAAUGGUUAUCUUAAAUGGUGGAGUUCCAGAAGAAUGCUUUGAGCAGAUGUCGUUUUUGCUUCGAAAGUUAAAGGACUGCAUAGCAAGGGAAAUCCCAGGAGCUGAUGCCUCUGAGGGUGACAAAAGCUUGAUUAAACAUAGAUCUCCUGUUAUCCCAGAUGAUUUCCGGUGCCCAAUAUCCCUUGAAUUGAUGAAUGAUCCUGUUAUUGUCUCUACUGGACAGACAUAUGAGAGAUCCUGCAUUCAAAAAUGGCUGGAUGCUGGGCAUAAGACCUGUCCCAAGACUCAGCAGACCCUGUUGCACACGGCCCUAACACCCAAUUAUGUUUUGAAGAGUCUCAUUGCUUUGUGGUGCGAGAGCAAUGGUGUUGAGCUGCCAAAGAAACAAGGGAACUGUAGAAACAAAAAAUCAGGAGGUGGUGGUUCAGAUUGUGAUCGGGCUGCCAUUGAUGCCUUACUACAGAAACUUGCAAAUGGUAAUUCAGAACAGCAAAGAGCAUCUGCUGGUGAGCUCCGGUUGCUGGCAAAGCGAAAUGCAGAUAACAGAGUAUGUAUUGCUGAGGCAGGAGCCAUUCCUCUGCUUGUAGAGCUAUUAUCUUCUACAGAUUCCCGAACACAGGAGCAUGCCGUUACAGCGCUUCUCAACCUCUCCAUAAAUGAUGCUAACAAGGGAACCAUUGUAAACGCAGGAGCCAUACCUGACAUAGUUGAUGUUCUGAAAAACGGUAGCAUGGAAGGAAGAGAAAAUGCAGCUGCAACCCUUUUUAGUUUAUCAGUUGUAGAUGAGAAUAAAGUAGCAAUAGGAGCAGCAGGGGCUAUCCCAGCUCUUAUUGAUUUGCUUUGUCAAGGUACUCCUAGAGGAAAGAAGGAUGCAGCUACUGCUAUUUUCAACCUUUCAAUCUAUCAAGGAAACAAGGUGAGGGCCGUAAGGGCGGGGAUUGUGGCACCACUAAUGAGAUUACUUAAAGAUGCUGGGGGUGGAAUGGUGGACGAGGCACUAGCAAUAUUGGCCAUACUUGCGAGCCAUCAAGAAGGGAAAAUAGCUAUUGGUGAAGCAGAACCAAUCCCAGUUCUGAUAGAGGUGAUAAGAACUGGUUCGCCACGCAACCGGGAGAACGCCGCAGCUGUAUUGUGGUCAUUAUGCACAGGGGACGUACAGUAUCUGAAGACAGCAAGGGAACUUGGGGCAGAAGAAGCAUUGAAGGAACUUCUGGAGAAUGGCACUGAUCGGGCCAAGAGAAAAGCAGGAAGUGUUAUAGAUCUCCUCCAACGAGUUGACGUGGUUGUUAAUAAUCCUGUUAAUAAUCCAUAAAUUCAACUUAAAUGCUUUUAGAAGGUUCCUUUCUGCAUAUGAUGAAAAAUAUGUAACUUAUAGCAGACACUGCAAUGUUGUUCCAGAAAAUUGAGUGUGUGCAUGAAGUACCCGAGAAUACGGACUACCGUUUCCACUGUUGAUGAUUCUUUCUGCACAAGGGGAUAGAUGGUGGGAGUGAGUCUUUUGGUAUAAAAGUUUUUUAAGAUGACAUGUCUUUGGUGUUUGGCAUGGCAGGUUGAACAUGGAGAAGUGAAACUUUGUCCGUUCGGAGGGCAAGGAAGCUGGGAAGGCCAGGAAUUUGGUUUUAUCUUCUGGGUUGGGCUAGUAGCAGCUAGAGAUUGCAUUACUAUAACCAUUGCGAAGAGAGGAAGUUGCAAACAGAAAUAUGCUUGGAACUUUGUCAUCCUGAGAAAGUUUGUAGCCGAAUUUUGUUGUUGUGUCCUUGAAAAGCCUGUCUGUUGAUCUGUACCUUAGGCAUGUCUUCUUCGUUUUUUUUUUUGGGUUGAAAAUAUGAUUUGGUGAAAAAGAUGUAGUAAUUCCUUCAAUUGAACUAUGUUAUUCUUCAUGAUUUUUUGGACCAGGAAAAUGUUUGAUUUUUACUC